AUCAGAAUAAAUAGAGUGGACUAUCCCACUUCACUCUCUCACUCCUGUGGCUUUGGGGUCAUGUCUGUUUCUCCUGUGCACUUCUGAUCUCACAGUCACUACCUCGAGCUCUUCAGCUGGAAAUUUAACUUCUCUUCCCAAAAUGUCUGAUCUUCAAACACCAUUGCGUCCGAAGAGGAAGUGGGCCUUGGUUGACUUUUUUGUUCAAUUCCGGUGGAUUGUUGUGAUCUUUGUUGUUCUCCCCAUUUCCUUCACCAUUUACUUUCUGACAUACCUUGGGGAUAAAAGAUCUGACUGGAAGUCCUACAAGCAGCGUCAAAAGGAACAUGAUGAAAAUGUUAAGAAAGUAGUAAAACGCCUCAAAGAAAGGAAUCCGUCAAAGGAUGGUCUUGUUUGCACAGCACGAAAGCCAUGGAUUGCUGUUGGAAUGCGGAAUGUUGACUACAAGCGAGCUCGUCACUUUGAGGUCGACUUGUCUGCUUUCAGGAAUGUCCUGGAAAUUGAUACACAGAAAAAGAUUGCCAGAGUUGAGCCCUUAGUCAACAUGGGACAGAUCACUAGGGUAACUUGCCCCUUAAAUCUUGCGCUUGCCGUGGUUGCAGAGUUCGAUGAUCUUACUGUUGGUGGUCUCAUUAAUGGUUAUGGGAUUGAAGGAAGCUCUCACAUCUUUGGGCUGUUCUCUGAUACUGUUGUGGCUUACGAAAUUGUUCUAGCAAAUGGCCAACUUGUCAGAGCCACCCAGGACAAUGAGUACUCUGAUCUUUUUUAUGCUAUUCCAUGGUCACAGGGAACAUUGGGCCUUCUUGUCGCCGCUGAGAUCAAGCUUAUUGACAUAAAGGAAUACAUGAGGUUGACAUACAAACCAGUAAAGGGAAAUCUGCAAGAGAUCGCGCAGGCAUAUAGUGAUUCUUUUGCUCCCAGAUUUGGUGGUCUGGACGAACCUGGAGCCAUCCCUGAAAGGGUUCCAGAGUUUGUUGAAACCAUGAUAUAUUCUCCAACAGAAGCUGUGUGCAUGACAGGGAGAUAUGCUUCAAAAGAAGAGGCCAAGAAGAAGGGGAACGUGAUUAACGAAGUUGGCUGGUGGUUUAAACUCUGGUUCUACCAGCAUGCAGAGAAAGCACUCAAGAAAGGGGAGUUUGUAGAGUACAUCCCGACCAGGCAAUAUUACCACAGGCACACUAGGAGUAUCUACUGGGAGGGAAAGCUAAUUCUUCCAUUUGCUGAUCAGUUUUGGUUUAGAUUUCUGUUGGGCUGGAUGAUGCCACCAAAGAUUUCUCUGCUCAAGGCUACUCAAGGUGAAGCCAUAAGAAACUAUUACCAUGACAUGCACGUCAUCCAAGACAUGUUAGUUCCUCUUUACAAAGUUGGGGAUGCUUUAGAAUGGGUUCACCAUGAGAUGGAGGUGUACCCCAUUUGGCUCUGUCCUCACAGACUGUACAAGAGUCCUGUUAAGACGAUGAUCUACGCUGAACCAGGCUUCGAGCACCAGCGCAGACAAGGAGACACUCCCUACUCUCAGAUGUACACUGAUGUUGGUGUGUACUAUGCACCAGGACCGGUGCUGAGAGGCGAGGUCUUUGAUGGCUCAGAAGCAGUACGCAAGAUGGAGAGUUGGCUGAUUGAAAAUCAUGGCUUCCAGCCACAGUAUGCUGUGUCUGAGCUGGAUGAGAAGAAGUUCUGGACUAUGUUUGACGCCGGGCAUUACGACUACUGCAGGAGGAAGUAUGGUGCUGUAGGAACAUUCAUGAGUGUGUACUACAAGUCCAAGAAGGGAAGGAAGACCGAGAAGGAGGUGCAGGAAGCCGAGCAAGCAAUCGCGGAGGUUCCCAUUGCCGAGGUUGAUGAGCCAGUGGACUACUGAUCAUUUCCAAUCAUUUGCGGAUUCUGUUAGGAGGAGUGCAGUGCUGUUGGUUUAGCUCCCCUGAUUUCCAGUUUAUAUCGUUUAGUAGUUCUUGUUCUAGCUUUGAUCAAUGCUGUAGCAGCAGCAGGUGAUCUUGUUCGAGUGUUUUUUCAUGUCGGAUUACUACACUUAUAUGUGUUUUAAUGAUUCAGACUGACGUUAAGUUAGUGUCA